GAGAGAGAGGGGAGGGGAGGAGAGAGAGAGAGAGAGAGAGAGAGAGAGAGAGUAACGCGGGUUUCUCUCUCCAGCAGCACCUGUGUGACCGCAGAACGAGCCUCCGCUUCCAGCUCCACUUCCUCCGCUGCGGUUCGGUUCAGUUCGGAUAUUCUCCCCCCUCUCUCUCCCUCUCUCUCUCCCUCUCUCUGGGGGGACACACUUGUCGCAGCGAGCCGUUCAGUUCGGGAUCAGUUCGGGGGCUCCUGCGGGGAGAGGAGACCCGGAGGGGAGCAUGCCUGCUGCGGUGCCUCUGUGUCAGCUCCGAGUCCGGGUCUUCUCCUGACGCGUGCCGGACUUGUUGCUGCUGGAGGGAAAAUACCCCGAACCGAGUCCACCGCGGAACCGGAUUCUAACGGAUUUAACGGGAGAACCGGAGCUGCUGGAAGAGUUUUUACCGUCCGCAGGAGUUUGUUUCCCAUCAAACAAAAACCCGGGUGCGGACAGACUGCACAUGUGGAUCUGGUUCUGAUUCUGGAGCUUUUGCUUUGUUUUUACGCACCGAUUUCCGUGCGUAAAAUCCUCUUUUCUUCCCGGAGAUCCGCGUCGAUUCGUGCGUAAAUUGUCGGUUGAUUAGUUCUGUCUGUUGCCCUUCUGCCCCCCCUGAUGCCCCCCCGACCCUGAACCCUCCUCCGACUAGCCUCCGUUCAGCUCCGGGUCCAGCAUGGCAGCGGGAGUGGCGGCGUGGCUGCCGUUCGCCCGCGCGGCGGCCAUCGGGUGGAUGCCGGUGGCCGGCGCGCCGAUGCCGGUUCCCCCGCCGGGGAAGCACCGCCGGCAGGAGGGGCUCAUCAUGCUCAACGUCAGCGGCACCAAGUUCCAGACGUGGCGGGACACCCUGGAGCGGUACCCGGACACCCUGCUGGGCAGCACGGAGCGGGACUUCUUCUUCCACGAGGAGACCAACGAGUACUUCUUCGACCGCGACCCGGACAUCUUCCGCCACAUCCUGAACUUCUACCGCACCGGGAAGCUGCACUACCCGCGGCAGGAGUGCAUCUCCGCGUACGACGAGGAGCUCGCGUUCUUCGGGAUCAUCCCGGAGAUCAUCGGGGACUGCUGCUACGAGGAGUACAAGGACCGGCGGCGGGAGAACCAGGAGCGGAUCCAGGACGACGAGGACAUGGAUCAGACCAACGACCUGGUCGCGGCGGACCUGAGCUUCCGGGAGACCAUGUGGCGCGCCUUUGAGAACCCGCACACCUCCACCAUGGCGCUGGUCUUCUACUACGUCACCGGGUUCUUCAUCGCGGUGUCGGUUCUGGCCAACGUGGUGGAGACGGUCCCGUGCGGACCGGGGCCGAACCGCGUCAAGGAGGUCUCGUGCGGCGACCGCUACGCGCUGGCCUUCUUCUGCCUGGACACCGCGUGCGUCAUGAUCUUCACGGUGGAGUACCUACUGCGCCUGCUCGCUGCGCCUAGCCGCUACAAGUUCGUGAAGAGCGUCAUGAGCAUCAUCGACGUGGUGGCCAUCAUGCCGUACUACAUCGGCCUCGUGAUGACCGACAACGAGGACGUCAGCGGUGCCUUCGUCACUCUGCGUGUCUUCAGGGUGUUUCGGAUUUUCAAGUUCUCGCGACACUCCGCGGGACUUCGCAUCCUGGGCUACACGCUGAAGAGCUGCGCGUCCGAGCUCGGCUUCCUGCUCUUCUCCCUCACCAUGGCCAUCAUCAUCUUCGCCACCGUCAUGUUCUACGCUGAGAAGGGCUCCAGCGCCAGCAAGUUCACCAGCAUCCCUGCGGCCUUCUGGUACACCAUCGUCACCAUGACGACGCUCGGAUAUGGCGACAUGGUACCAAAGACCAUCAUGGGGAAGAUCUUCGGCUCCGUCUGCUCUCUGAGCGGCGUGCUGGUCAUCGCCCUGCCGGUUCCCGUCAUCGUCUCCAACUUCAGCCGAAUCUACCACCAGAGCCAGAGAGCCGAGAAGAGACGAGCACAGAAGAAAACCAGGCUUGCUAGAAUUCACGCGGUGAAGAGCGGAGGGGCUAACGCUUAUUUGCAGUACAAACAAAGCCGGCUGCUGAUUGACCUCGAUGAGGAGGCGUCCAAGGAAGCCGGACAGGCGCUGGUGUGUAAGGCCAACCCCGGCUUUGAGGUGCAUCAUCAUCACCUUCUGCACUGUCUGGAGAAGACCACGAACCACGAGUUUGUGGACGAGAAAACAUACGAAGCGAGCUACAGGGACGUGACUCUGGUGAAUCAGGUGUCCCACUCUUCCUCCACCUCCUCCACUUCCUCACCCCACGGCCUUAGCUCCUGCUGCAGCCGCAGGAAGAGGAAGACCUUCAACGUCCCCAACUCCAACAUGUCUGUGGGUCUGCAGGGCAGCAUCCAGGAACUAAGCACCAUCCAGAUCAGAGACAGACCGUUCACCAACAGUCGUUCCAGUCGAUCCAGUCUGAACGCCAAAUUUGAGGAGACGGUUCCUCUGAAUUGUGACCAGUCGUACAUCACCGCCGCCGUCAUCAGCAUGCCCACUCCGCCCGGCACCACGCCCGAAGGCGACGACUCAACCAGCUCCACCAACUACUCCCAGGCCAACAUCGUCCGGGUCUCCGCUCUGUAGAUGAUAACAUCCUCCUCCAAAAGCGGAAACACAACCCACCCAGCAGGAAGACUACAGGGGGGUCAGGGAUUAGGGGUCAGUGUCGACGGCCCCAGAACCACAACAGACUCAGAUGGUGGGGAUUUUGGAUCAUGUCCACGGUGGAAGUGACGGGUUAAUCUGAAUAUUUCAAACCUCUGGUGGAGGAAAAUGAUAAAAUAUACACUUAAACUGAGCUGAACCCACGUUGGAUUGUAACUUUUCUUUGGUCUCGUAGGAAGGAUUUUUAUUCUAGCAGUCUGAGAAGAGAUGACGGUAGCGCUUUGGCUAAUGACUCAUCUCUAUCUGAGAGAAAUUAAAAAUCGUCACGACUGCUAUUUUUCCAAUUCUGUAUGUCUUUAAAAUUGAUGUCUCAAAACCAGAGAAAGGUGAUGCUAAUGUAGAUUUCUUUAUUUGGAAUGCAGUUUAAAGGAAAUGUCGGACAUUUUGGGAACCAUCUUACCAGAGUCAGAUGAGAUAAUAGAAAUCAGUUUUUCAGACGUGUUUAGUCUAGCUUAGCACAAAGAAUGAGAGCAGUGGGAAACGGCUAGCCUAGCUCAAUCAACCUUCCAACAAGUCUGUCUGAUCUACAAGCUAGUAAUCAGACCAUCCAAGAGUUUGUCUCCCGCCUCGAUUCACUGAUUUCAAGGGGAAUCUGACCUGGUUGCAGACAUUAAUAAUAACUAAAUAUAAAUAGCCAAUCUUCUCAUCAUGGCUUUGUUUUAUACAUUUAUAACAUUAAAUAAAAUGAUCUCCAACCUCCAAAGGAGUUGAGCUAACGGUCUUCGAGAGCUAAGCCCAUCUCAUUUUCUACUUGUGUGAAUUAAACAAGAUAAAAAACGUAAAGUAAGAUAGUUUUGAAGUUAUUGGAAGGUUUUUUCUCUCUUAAUAUUAUCUUUCACUCAGCUAGGCUAGCAGUUUACCUAUCCUCUCACCUGUGUCUGGGUACAUUAGCUCUGAUUCAGAAUGGACGUACUUUGUAUGGCGGUCCUGGACAGUUUUCUCAGAUACAACCUUAAUCAAUAUAAUAUUCAUGAUGAGAAGAAUAAUGAGAAUACGAACUUGUUUCCCAAUUAUCAGUCAGUGUCUUAAAACAUAGAGUUGGGAGUGAGAACGUCCCAUUAAUGAUUCUCACACUAUGCAAACCUUUAAUCCAGCAGCAGGUUACAUUUGUGAACCUAUUUGAUCGACAGUCUGCGAUAAUCUCACCUGGACCGAAACCUACGACUAAAUCCAAGAUUUCGUCAGUUUCUGCAACACUGCGAGCAGCUACUGAGGUUUAUAAUACCUGGGAAGAUUUAUUUUAUAUUUAAUUUAUUUGACUAUUUUUAAGCCAAAGAAAAUUAAAAAAUAUAUAUAAUUAAUAAGUAGAUUGUUAUUCCUGGUGGUGCAGUGAAGGCUUUCAAAGAAAUAUCAUCUAACGGCAAACUUAAUAAAUAAAAUAUGCAAUUUUUAAAAAAUGUUUUGGAGGGAACUAUUUUUUAUGUUUUAUUAUUUUGUUUAUUUUUGUUAUACUUUAUUUUAUUUCAAUUUUUAUUUAAUUUAUUUUUUGUAUUUAUUAUAAUUUUGCUAUUUAUUGUUAUUUAUUUACUUGUAUGUAUUCGUAUUUGUAUUUACUAAUUGUUUAUUGGACCUCAGUAAGAUCCUACAGCCCAGAAUAUGUGACCACAUCACGCAGUGGCGUAAGAAGCGUUGAGGUCUCCGAGCACGUUGAGUUCUGGAUCAGGGCUAAAUGACUAACAUACGUUCUUCCCAAAAUGAGGAGGCUUUUCCUUUAAUCCGCUGAUUUGGCGGAGGAGGUUUUAUAUUCGCAGCUCUGAUGUUGAGGAAAGCAUGUUCAAUACCUGUGUGAGUGAGUGCAUGGGUCGGUGUGUUUCCAGGUGUGUCGGGACGUUCCUCUGCAUGUAGAUCCGACCAGGUGCGUCCCCGACUACGCAGCUCGUCGGUUUCCACCUGUACGAGCGGUCCGGGGUCCGGUCCUGACUCUGUAUAUAUUGUUUUUUUACCUGAUCUUUCUGUCAGAGCUGACUGCCUUCCUCUCUGCUGUACAGAAACAUCUGCAGCGCCAUCAUGAAAAAUGUUGAUGUCAAUUUGUGAUAAGAAACUGUUUUUUGUCUUUGCACCGGAGCUUUUAUCUUCGUCGUCUUUGCUUGCAGAUUUAUUUAACGCACAUGCUGCCUAAUGUUUGUCUUUCUUAACGUACUUUAAGCAGGGUUAAAGUUGUUGUCGGGUGGACUUUUUUGCGACAGCACGAGUCGACAGAACUGAUUUCAGGGAGAUUUGAGGAUGUUUCGGGAACAUUGUGCUGCACUGACAGCUGCCGUCACAAUUUAAACUAUUAUAACUUAUAUUACUGUAACAAGAACCCUUAAAACAUCAAAUGUCCUGAAGUCAACCUUUUUACACCAAUUUAGUCACAUAAAAUCAAGAUGUGCGUUGUUAGCGGCUUCUUAGUUUUAGAUUUUAUAAGCUGUAAAAUAUAAAAUGAGCAGCUUGAAAGAGAAUUGACACCCUGAAUUAUUUUAAUACUUGUUGGCAGGCACUGCGUCCUUUUGACGAUCAAAAAGAGUCUGUUGGCCAAUAAAUGAUAUGUAUAUUAUAGCAUCAGCUGCCUGUGCACGUCAUUUUCUAGCCCGAACGUUGUAACUAGGACUCAUCAUGCGUCUGACCAUUAUUUAAAAUCUCGAAUAAUCCGAAAAAUGUCCCAUUUGUCUGAUAGCACAUUGUACUGAAAACAAACGGCCACUACUCCGAAGGCCUCCAACAGUAUUUGCACAACGUUUUACGAACUGCACACCUUAUUUCAGCUCAACUCUUCACAGUUAGCUUUGUGCAUAUUGUUAAUAGUAGUUGUUGUUCAUUUUUGAUCAUUUGGAUAGCCUCCUAUCACCUCAGCAUUUUUAGAAAGCGAGCUAGGUUAGCCAGACACCAACAUUAGCCCGAUUUUCAAAGCUAGCUAAAGUUUGAUCGGUUUUUAACUCUCUGUGCGCGAAAGGGCUCAGAAAUGAAUUAUUAAUUACUCAGUUCAGUUUCAUUUGUCAAACCAAAUAAUACCAAAGUUAUCUCAGGACACUUUUCAAAUAGAGCAGGUCUAGAACGAACUCCUUAUAACAUUAUUUACUGAGACCCAACAGUACCACCAUGAGCAAGACCUUGGCAACGGUGGCAAGGAAACACUUCCUGUUAACUGGCGGAAACCACAGUCAGCCCCCCUCGGUUAGCUGACUGGCUAAGCUAGCUCGCUUUUUAAAAACACAGGUGAUUAGGCUAUCCGAAUGAUCAAAAUCAUACAGUAAAUACUAUUAACAAUUUUUACAAAGUGAACUGCUCAGUGGUUAAAAUAACGAUGAAACAGCGCUGACAGGAAGUAAACAGACGUGUAGUUUGUGAAACAGAUAUGUCACACUACAAUGUAAAGAAUAGAAACUGUCCCUGCAGUUGUCGGGGUUCGUACUGUACAGUUCAACACAUUGCAUGAGAAUAUAAAACUCCCUAAUAACUAACAUUAAACUGUUUGAACCCUUCAUUUAAUUCCACUUCUGGCUUUUAUAAUUCAGACAAUAUUUUGACCUAUGAUUGGUAUGUGUGCACAAAUAUCACUUAAAUGUAUCAAUGCAACUUAUAAACCAUUUCAUUUAAAGAAUACCAUAAUUAUACAUUAUGCUUUAAAACCUUAAAUAAUUUAAAAUUAUCAAAGAAGACAAAAAGACUUUUGAGUUUUUAUAGUUUUUCAAACUAUAUUCCAGAAACUACGGACAGGUAGCAGCUCUCAAUUUCCAUGUCAGGGUGAAAGAAUAUUCACAUUUCACUUAUUUAUUUAGAUUUUGGGGUUUAGGACUCUGCUGAGAAUCUCAUUGUCGAAGCACAACCUUCUAAAAACCAUUUAUCACACUGUUUGUGUUUCAGGAUAACGGGCCGUCGUAACAAUGGUGUUGCACUGUAGCUAGUUAGCAGUCGAGUAUUGAAUGUUGAGCGACAGAUAAAGCUAGCAGAAGGUCAAUAACAGCCUGAAUUAUACUUUUAAGAUCAUUACAUUAAUAUUUUUAUCAUUUUAAUCAUCAGGAUCUUUGUAUUCGGAGCAGCAGCUUCAGUCAGUCUGUUACAUAUAACGUUAGCUAAUGCUAGCUUAGAUUGCGUAGCAGCUACAACAGAAUAUCUUCAGCUUUAAUAAACAGACGUUAGCAGCAGUUUGUCAUUAUGGCCAACAGUACACAGCAGUCGUCACUAAAUAUUAAGUAUCACGCUAAUGUAGCUGCUACCACUAAAUGUGAGCAUCGUAAAAUGUUGUCUUUCUGAUUCUGACAGUUAAAGGAACAGUUUAAGAAAUACUCAACAAACUUCGUCUGUGUGUUCAGAGUUGGUGUCUGGAAGUGGUAAGCCUAGCUUAGCACUAAUUCAUCAUCAAAUACUUCCGGCGCGUAACUCUUUGUUAAAUUAUUUAAUGCGCAGAUUCAAACAAAUGAGAUAAAAGUCAAUUAAUUAACUUUAUAUGUUUCCCUGAAAGGUUGAACUUCCUGUCAGAAUCUGUAAGCUAACGUUUCUCAUGUAUGUCCGGUAACCAAGUCUGUUUAUAGUUCUGUGAAUAUUGCAGUUUUUUGUUUUGUCACUAAAUAAUAAUUUGCUUAUUGAGUCUGAGCAAGAUUUCAGGACUUCAGGUCGCGAUAUUUCCAAAGCCAUCUGUGUAUCCAGGUAAAAUCUGACCUCAAUUUGGGCAAAAGGUUUUGUAGAUGUUUAGGUUACAUUAAACAUUAUUGAUUAUCUGCAGUUAGGACUUGUUUCACACUGAAAUAUUGAGUUUGGGUUCCAGUGGAGACAAAAUACUUUUGGUCACUUUUGGUCUGAAAAUGUUCACAUUUAAAGAUCUCCUGUCUCAGAAACAUCUUUAUCUCCGGUAAGUGAACCGCUGGUGAACGGAGACGAACUUGUUUGAAUCCAUUUUGAUACGAAGGCAAUUCUCCUUUUCCUAAAAACUGUGACUCACCUGUACAUUCACUUUCUCUGUGGAUUUGUUGGACUUUUUCCCGGAUUCACCUCGUUUGGAUUUAAUGUUUGUUUGGAGAAAAGAUCGCAGUGGAUACGUUUGUGGAUUUUCUGGUAUUUUUGCUCUUUUUCCCGUCAAACUCUGGACGGCUGAAAUCAACUGAUGCAAAUAUGUUUGAAAGGUUGGAGUUGAAUCUUGAACUGGAUUAAAAGCAGAUUGAUGUCUCUGUCGUUGUUUUUCUAAGACGAUAUAAAAGUUGCCCGACACUUUGGAGUGAAAAUGCAAAUGGCUAACCCUGCUAGCAGCCCACCGUCAACCAUCACUGCUCGACUAUAAUGUGACAUAUGCAACCAAUAUCUGUUGGUUUGUUCCCUUGUUUUGUAAAGAUAUGCUUUGACUUUAGGGAAAACAAUUAUAGAACCAUAUUUUUGAGGAUCAUAUUCUUGAUUUUUGGUUGUAAACAACAGAAAUAAGGAUUAUUAUUAUUACCGUUACUGUUGCUAGUGCACAUGUGCUGUAAUUGUUCUUUAUUGGUGUAGUCAAUCAUCUUAUUGUUUCAAUAAUUCCCAUAAGAACUUGUCUUAUGUUCAGUUCAUGAUAUUUUUCUAAAGAGUUCCCGAUGCAUGCGUUCGGACCAGUCGUUGUGCCGGAGGGAGGAAGUGAUGUCGGUUGUGUAAAUUGAUGAAAUACUGAGGAUGAUUAAAUGAUAAUUAUUGCGUUUGAUUUCCUAAAGCUUGUGUUAUAUUGAUAAAAUAUGAAUUAUUGAGGAUAAUAUUAAAAAAAGAGAAGCUUCCAUGGUUUUAGUCCGGUGCAGUGUCUGAGUAAAUAGAAUAAAACAUUGUCCUAUUAAAACAUGCAAACAAG